CAAUUCCCAAGGUUUUCUUGUCCAACUAUUUCCGAUAUGUCUGGAAUAGCUACACCUACAUGCGCCAACUCCUCAGUAGUCUUCCCCCCGACACCGUUCUCCGUCACGGUUCUCCAGAAGAAGGCACGGCCGGCCCAAGCUUCGGCCGCAUCGCUAUACCCAUAUUCAUCCAUCUCAGAAGAGGCUAAGAAGCUAGGGAAAAAAGCCCAGGCAGAGUUUCCAUAUGCCUCGGAAGUAACACAAGGGAAGGCGGGGAAAAUAGACAUGUAUUCCCCAAAGUUCUAUGCAGCUUGUACCACCGGCGGAAUCCUAGCAUGUGGCCUUACACACACCGCUGUCACCCCCCUUGACCUGGUAAAAUGCCGCCGACAGGUAGACUCAAAGCUUUACCGCUCAAACAUCCAAGCCUGGCGCACAAUCUCGAGGGCAGAGGGCAUCCGCGGCAUCUUCACGGGCUGGUCGCCGACGUUCUUUGGCUACUGCGCUCAGGGAGGUCUGAAGUACGGUGGCUACGAGUUCUUCAAGAAAUUCUACUCGGACCUUGCGGGGCCGGAGAAGGCGGCGAAGUAUAAGACGGCGAUUUACCUGGCUGGAUCGGCGAGUGCAGAGUUCAUUGCCGAUGUCGCGUUAUGCCCGCUCGAGUCCGUUAAGGUUAGGACGCAGACUACGAUUCCGCCGGAAUUUAAGGGCACCACAGAGGGGCUGAAGAGCGUUGUUGCGAAAGAGGGGUUUGGGGGGUUAUAUAAGGGGCUGUACCCCUUGUGGGGGAGGCAGAUUCCUUAUACCAUGAUGAAGUUUGCGUCUUUUGAAACGGUGGUGGAAAUGAUUUAUGACUACCUUCCUAAGAGUAAAGAUCAAUAUGGAAGUGGGGUUCAGACGACGGUGUCGUUUGCGGGGGGCUAUAUCGCUGGUAUCCUCUGCGCAAUUGUCUCCCAUCCCGCAGAUGUAAUGGUCUCAAAACUCAACGCAAACCGCCGGCCCGGCGAAGCUUUCGGUGCUGUUAUGAAGAGAAUCUAUGGGGAGAUCGGAUUCGGAGGACUCUGGAACGGCUUGCCAGUCAGAAUCGUCAUGAUCGGUACCUUGACUGGGCUACAAUGGCUAUUGUACGACAGUUUCAAGUUGGCUGUUGGGUUACCAACCACUGGUGGUUCAGCCCUUGAGAAAGGGGAAAAAUAGGUAUCAUUGUUAAGAGGAAGAGCUAUCAUACUGCAAUACGAACGGAUGGUUUGAAAGUG